UGGAUCAGAUCACCUCCCAUUCCUCUCGUGUAUGACCUCGCAGAUGAUUGAUUCCGUGGACGAAGCAACAAGCUCCAUGGAAGAAGGAGCCGCUCGAGCGGAGAGCAACGCCGAAGAACAGCGUGAAACUCCUUCGAGUUCUUCGGACAAAGAUCGCUCCUGCUCUGUUCUUUUCUACCAAAAGGUCCUCGCCGAGAUCUUUGGCACCUACUUCUUAAUCUUCGCCGGCUGCGCCUCCGUUGUCGUGAACCUGACCACCAAAGGCGUCGUCACCUUCCCGGGCAUCUGCGUCGUUUGGGGCCUCGCCGUCACCGCCUUGGUCUACUCCCUCGGCCACGUAUCCGGCGCCCACUUCAACCCCGCCGUCACCGUCGCCUUCGCCGCCUCCGGCCGCUUCCCCUGGAAACAUGUGCCUGCUUACCUCUCGGCUCAGGUGUUGGCGUCGACUUUGGCGAGCGGCACGCUGAAGCUCCUGUUCGGCGGGAACAAGCGCGAGCUCUUCUACGGCACCGUCCCGGCCGGCUCCGACCUGCAGUCUCUGGUUCUCGAGUUCAUCAUCUCAUUCGCCCUCAUGUUCGUCAUCUCCGGCGUCGCCACGGAUCACAGAGCAAUCGGAGGCUUUUCCGGGAUCGUGGUCGGAGCAACCGUCUUGUUGAACGUGCUCAUCGCAGGGCCGACGUCGGGGGCGUCGAUGAAUCCGGCGAGGACCCUCGGGCCGGCGAUCGUGUUGGACCAAUGGAGGGGGAUUUGGGUGUACAUUCUGGGGCCGACCGCCGGCACGGUCGCAGGAGCGGCGGCUUACAAUCUCCUUCGCGUCGGCGACAAGCCCGUCCGGGAGAUCAACACGUAAAACAUAUAGACGUCGAUUUCCAUGAUGCAAAGUUCCAUGAUUUCAACUGUGAAAUUAUAGAUAGAAGGAAAAACUUUUCUUAAACUUUCUCGUUCCUUGAAAGAAAAUAUUGCAGAUUUUACUGAUAAUAAUAAACCUUUCGAAUUCACAUUUU